CCUGGCUAGAACCUUCACGGGAGAAUCAUAGUUCCCCCGCCUUGACAUGAGAUGGCAUUCGUUCAUGUGAACUUUACCUUGACUUAGCAGCUUUACGGUCAAAAUUACCGUCACUUGGCUUGUUUGAGGUGUUCUUCAAUGCCACAGGUCGAGAUGUCUCGGGCUCCGCGGUGUUUUUCACCGAUUUGAGGAAUCCCUAUAACAAGUGACUCGUAGACCAUGAUAGUGAGUUCCUGGGUGGUUGACACACCUCCGUCAAGACCGUUGUAUUUCCCCCACUGACUCAAAAAGCAUCUUCAACCACUUAUUUAAAAACAAUGGGAAGUCAUUUUGAGCGCCUUGACACAGCCACUUGGCCUGUCAGAGUCACAAGCUUGCUGUGGCUUAUCCGACGACGUGUACCUCUUCUCUUGACCGUCAUCGUCGACGAGAGGUCUAGCCUGAGAUGUCUUACUAUACCCCUAACCCUACCAGUACCUAUGCACCAAACGUCAGCCGAUACCCUAGUACUACUUCCCGACCCAGGCCUACGUACGGUCAUCAACAUCAACAUUAUGGCCCUCCCGCCGGUUCUGAUCCUCAGCUCUGGCAGUGGUUCUGCGCUGUUGAUACUGAUAGAUCCGGCUCUCUCAGCGUCACAGAACUUCAAGAUGCCUUGGUAAACGGAAAUUUCACAAAGUUUGAUCUCGAUACGGUGAAGAUGCUCAUGGACAUCUUUGAUACCGAUCGAAGUGGAACAAUCGGCUUCAAUGAAUUCGCUGGGUUAUGGAAAUAUAUUGCCGAGUGGCAGCGAGUCUUCAAGCACUUUGAUAGAGAUCAUUCUGGCUCUAUCGAAGGACAUGAGCUUUCGGAGGCUCUCCGCAGCUUUGGUUACAACCUAUCUCCUCCCUUGUUGCAAGCACUGGAAAUCAGAUACGCAUCUGGUGCGCCUAGUGCAUAUGGCCCCCCUCCGGGUAUUACUUUCGACCGCUUCGUGAGAGCGUGUGUGACCGUCAAGACUUUGACCGAAACAUUCCAAAGGGCGGAUCAAGACAAUGACGGCUGGAUUCAGCUCAACUAUGAGGGCUUUUUGAAGAUCUCGUUGAAUGCGCCCUAAUGCGCUGUCACGUCUGUAUUCAUUAUGGAGAUGUAUGAUAGCUUUGGAGAUAUGUCGUUUUGUUGUGAAUAUGUACCCAGCCCUCAGAAUGUAUGAAUCAGCGCCGUCGAAUGUAUGUUUCUUUCAGCACUAGUCGAGCGUACGGGAGUCUUGAUGAGUUG